CGUGGGCGGGGCGCUCAGUGGGCGUUGCCAUGGCUCGCGUCGCGGUGACGGAGGGCGUCCUGCGGCCGUUUGCCGGGGCGUCGGUGUUCCGCGGGUGGGACGUGGUUGAAGAAGACUUACACUUUUCGCAGGGCUGUGCUUGUGGUGUGGGGCCCAGUGGCUACGGCAGAGAUUUACGCUCUGUCUCCAUACAGAGAGCCUGGCGCCGAGUGCCUCGGUUCUGGCUUGUUUCGCUGGGACAAUAAGGGACGACGGGGAAGCCCUGACGGGACGGACGGCGCUCUGCAACGCGUCCCGCGCCCGACCCCAGGGACGAGGCGGUGCGCGGCGCUGCGGAGUGGAGCGCUCACGCCCCGCCCCCGCGCGGCCGCCGUAGCCCCGCGGUGACGCGCUGCUGCCGCGGUGCCCGACGGGAGCUGCCGUCCGCCGUCCCGUUGGCGUCCCGCUGCCGCCGCACGUGUUCGUGGAGCGGAGCCGCCAUGCCCAAGGUGAAGGGAGGGAAGCGGCCGCGGCAGCAGCGCCAGGAGGGACGCACCAACGGUAUCUUCUUCAACACCGGCGCCGGGCAGCACAUCCUGAAGAACCCCCUCGUCGUCAACAGCAUCAUCGAAAAGGCUGCGUUACGGCGUACAGAUGUUGUUCUGGAAGUAGGCCCUGGAACCGGUAACCUGACCGUAAAGAUGCUAGAGAAAGUAAAAAAAGUUAUUGCUUGUGAAAUUGACCCCAGACUUGUGGGUGAACUUCAGAAAAGAGUCCAAGGCACGUGUCUGGCAAACAAACUUGAAAUCAAGGUUGGAGAUGUCUUGAAAACAGACUUACCGUUCUUUGAUGCAUGUGUAGCUAACUUGCCUUACCAGAUUUCUUCACCAUUUGUUUUCAAGCUAUUGCUUCAUAGACCUUUUUUCAGGUGUGCAAUACUUAUGUUUCAAAGAGAAUUUGCUCUUCGUUUGGUUGCAAAACCAGGAAGUAAGCUAUACUGCAGACUUUCUAUAAAUACUCAGUUAUUGGCUCGAGUGGACCAUCUGAUGAAGGUUGGAAAAAAUAAUUUCAAGCCUCCUCCUAAAGUUGAAUCCAGUGUUGUCAGAAUAGAGCCAAAGAACCCACCACCACCUAUCAACUUCCAGGAAUGGGAUGGUCUGGUAAGGAUAGCCUUUGUUAGGAAAAACAAGACGCUCUCUGCAGCCUUUAAGUCAAGUGCUGUAGAGCAGUUGCUGGACCACAAUUACCGAAUUCAUUGUUCCUUACAUAAUACAGAAAUACUGGAAAACUUCAAAAUUGCAGAGAAAAUACAGACAGUCCUAAAAGAUACAGGUUACUCUGAAAAACGAGCCCGUUCCAUGGAUAUAGAUGAUUUCAUUCGACUCUUGCAUGGCUUCAAUUCAGAAGGCAUCCAUUUCUCAUAGACUUCACCAGAAGAGCGAAAGAUCUCCUGUACUUACUUAUGUAAGCCUUAUCUAAUCCCAAGUGACUGAAAAGGGAGAAGCUCUUCUCACAAAAGCAACAGAAUACAGUGUUCACACUUUGGUUCCUAUUAAGAAUAAUACGUGCUAUUUUAUCACAGACAACAGAGAAGAUACUACUCCAUAUUUUAAAAGCAUUCAGUUCUUUCAUGACUGAAGUGCUGGACUUUCACACAAAACUGUAUUUUUGAGUAUACUUAAUGACAUGGGGAUUGAUACUGCCAUAAGUGAAACGUGUAUUCUCUGAUCACUAUCUUCGUCUCCGUAUCUUCCUACAAUAUGAUAUAAUCUAAUCUGGCAACAAAAAUGGGUCUGUAGUCAUUCCACUUAGAUGCUUCCUGAUGGUUUGAAAUGACCAUGUCUUCUGUUUGUCCUUCUGGGAGCCAAUGGCAUUCCAAGUCUGUUAAAGAAGUCCCAUUAAGUGUUUUUCAGAAACAACAGUAUUUGUCUUAUGGGCUUGGUAUGAGUUAUGAAAACAUCGUUGAGGCACCUAACAUAAUGUCAUUUCCUUUACCACCUCUCUUGCUGCUUUUGAACCUUUGUAGGAACUAGGAGAAAACUACCAACUGACCAGCAGUCUCAAUGCAUGGACAAAAUCUACAGAUUUUUGUUCUUGUCAACUGUAAAGUCAGUUCUUAAUUUUGUAAGAAAACAAGGACUUUUAACAUACAUAAAACCUUUCAGUGAGCCUCAACGUGAUGACCUGUGUGUCCUGACUCAGUGAAGUCUCUUAAUGUUUUGAUUACGUUUGUUGUUAAGACAAGGCAUAGUUUUCCAAUAGAAGUUUGCAUUAACUCUGCACAGCAGCCCUCAAAAGAAAAAUCCACUUUGAUCUGUCUUAUGAUUCAGGAAAAUGGUAACUAUUAGCACUGUGGCGUCAUGCAGAGGUGAAGGCAUAACUCUGUAUUAACUAACAUCAGUCUUUUGUUUUGCGUGUGGCAUCUCGCCUUCCACAAGACCACAGUAAACAGAGAAGAAAGGUAACCAGAAAGUACUCCAAAAUUCACCUUCAUUUUAUACAGUUCUAAAAAUCCGUGAUUCAGAAAUGUGCAUGUGCAGGAAGGAGUGUUUCAGAAAACUGAAUUGCUUGUUUUCUAGCUUAACUCUAGCUUGUAGAACCUAUUUAUGAGUGAUGGUUAUGUAGCGACAGCAGUAUGCACAGACCAGCACAGAAGGAGCAAGUGUUCCCCUGGUCCAUCAUGUUCCUUAUAAAUAUUGUUGCUUUACAGCACAGGAAACAGAAUAUGAUUGUGUAAGUCCUAACCAAGUAGUGCCUGCCCAUCAUAGCAGUGGGUCACAGCAUUCACUGCUGUGUCACAUCUGUUGCUUAUGUUAGUUCAUACUGCUUCAGUUUUGGUGCAAGUCUAAUUUCUAUAGCAGGAUCUAUCACACAGUCAGUCUCUUAAUGGGCACUAGAUGCUAUUUCAACUUGUAUCUGGUACAGGCCAUGCUACUCCCAAGGAUUAGUAAAAGUGGCUGAAAUUUUAUUGCCUCUUUUCUGUGUGUCCUCUUGGCACCCACUAUGAACUACAGCCUGGCUGUGUCUCUAUGUUUGUACAGAGGAGUAGUGGGGAAGCAACUGUUUCUCACAGAGGAUGUCCCAGCCAGAGGUGAAGUGGUAGGAGACCUGGUGCUCUGCAAUGCAAAGGAUGUGAUAAAAAAGGACAAGAUUGGAGGUGGUCUGGGCUGUCGCAAUCAUGCCAUGGCUGAGUUUGUGAUCUUGAGGAAUAUGGGCGUGGCAAAGAGCAGUCAGGACCCUAAACUUCAUGAGAGUGAACUUGCAGCUUCUUAAGGAGUUAGUGGAUGAGAUCCCCUGGGAAACUGUCCUUAGAGGUGUAGGAAUGGACCAGAGCUGGCAGCUUUUUAAGGAUACCUUUCUGAGAUCAUGGGAGCUCCCCAUUCCCCACUAUUAAAAUCAAGCAGAGGAGGAAGAACUGAUGUAUCAGCAGCCUGGACUUCUGCAAGAAACUUGGAUGUGGUCCCACACCACUGCAUACGGGCCUGGGGCCCCAAACACGAGAAGGAUGUAGAGUUGCUGGAGCACAUCCAGAGAAGGGCCACAAAGAUGAUCAGAGGGCUGCAGCACCCCUCCUAUGAAGACAAGCUGGGGAAGCUAGGCUUGGUCAGCUGGGAGGAGAGAAGGCUCUGGGGAGACGUUAUCACAGCCUUCCUGUACUUGAGCUUAUGAACAGAAGAGAGCGUGACUUUUUACACAGGCAGAUGGUGAUAGGUAAGGGUGAGUGGCUUUAAACAAAAAAAAGGGAGAUUUAGGUUAGAUGUUAGGAAGAAAUUCUUUACUCAGAGGGCAGUGAGGCACUGAAACGCGUACUCAGAGAAGCUGUGGAUGCCCCAUCCCUAGAGGCAUGAUGUGUGGUGUCAGCAUGCAGCAGUAGGGUUGGAACUGGGUGAUCAUUAAGGUCCCUUCCAACCCAAGUCACUCUGCGAUUUCAUAUCCCAAUCUUCAAGUGUUUUUUUAGAAAUUAAAAAUUCUCUAGAGCAACUCAAACUCUCUGGUGUUACACAAUAACCUAAGCGUGUCUAACUUUUUGGCUUGCCUGGUCCACAUUGAGUGAACAGGAAUUGUCUUAGGCUGCAUAUAAAAUAUAUGUACAUAAAUAACAAAGUAUCUUAAAAUAUUUCUUACCAAAACAUAAAGUGAGCAAAAAUAACAUAAAAGUAGUGGGAUAUGUGACUCUGUUUUCAUAAACUAACAUAUCACCCUGAUUCAAUGGCAGCAGCUGCAAUUCUUAGUGAGCUCUCAAGGCGUUUGUCAGAGUUUUGUGAUGAAAUUUUACUCUUCCCAUGCUUUGUCCUUGAAAAUAGUUUUUCACAAAUGUGUGUACUGCCAAAAAAUGACGACAUGAUUGAGGCAUUGUAACAAUUGGAAAGAUCAGCAUGAUGGAAAGGUGUUACAAAAGAGGUGUAACAACAGGGACUAGCACAAUAGAAAGGUGUUGUAAGGGAAGGGUUCUCCAAGGAUCUAGGUUUGCAGGGGAAACUCCACAGAGAAGGGAUCUCCAGAAGGAGAUCCUUCCUCAGUGGCAGUCAGCCCUUAAAUGAGGCUUAAUGAGGCCAGGCUCCACCCCUUCUGGUCAGAGAGUGAACUGCCUUCACCUGUGCUCCCAGGGCUGACUGGGUCUUUCCUCCAGGUGCUCAAUCUGUGGUUCAGGCCAUGACUCAGCGGUUCCCAUACAGGCAUGACUGUUAGCAAGGGAUAUUUCUCUUUUCUAAGAUAAGGCUUACAGAAGUCUGGUAAAGAGACAAUCAGAUUUCUGAGUUGAACAUCUGAUUGUACCUCCAUACAUUCCAUCUGAAAAUUUGCAAGUAAUGUUUUGAAAAUAGAGUCACAAGACAUAGAUGACUUUUUCAACGGUCUUGAAACCUGUUCUCAAAUUCCUGUAUCAAAAUGGGAAGCAUGGCUGCAUAUUUUUUGCUGUUAACAGGAUUGCAUUCAGCCAACAUACCAAAAUGCACAUUACCUGCCAUAACUUGAGGUGGCACUGCAGCACACCCGGAGCCCUGGUUUCAUCCCAGACAGUGCUGAUUGCACACCAGUGUUUGGUUGUUGUGGGAGAUGGGGCUGGGCUGCUUGGCAGGGCAGAGGUGCCAGCAUGAUAGCAUGGGGCAGGGGCUGGGCCACAGGUUGGACAUACCUGCAAUAACCUGCACUGCCACCCGUUAACAAAAGCUAUAUGCAUUAUUUUUUUCCACUAUUCUUGUACCUGUGAUGAAUGAUGUUCUUACCCAAAUUCUCAAAAAUUGUGUGAUGCAUCUUUAAGACCUGCUGCAAGAUGAAAGUUGUGACAGCACUCUGGGGACCUUCUUCCCAUGUUAUAAAUUUGCACAGAAUGUUAUUGUCUAGAAUUGAAAAUCCAUUCAGAAAUCAGAGGCCUUCUCAAAAGUGCAGCAACUCGCAUGUUUGCAAAGUGCCACCCUUCCCAAAACAGAACAGAACUUUGAUGGAAUUCUCAUUUGUAGUUCAUUUAAUAGCUUAAUUUAUUAAACACAUUAUGUAAAAUCUA